AUCACCCUGUGUAGAGAAGCCUACCUAUGGCACAGUCUCUCUUUUCCUGAGACAGACCCAUUCCUCCCAAGAGGCACACCCUGGAAACCUAGUGCGAAGUCGACGUGGGCAUCCUUAAAGAGUGAACUUGGUGUUACAGCUGUCCCUGUCGCCUCCCUUGAGGGCCUCAGGAACCCCUUCCCAGUCUGGCGGCUCCACCCAGAGGCCAGUCUGGAAUCCUAGUGAAAGGGAAAAGCUGGAAAACAAGAAGUCAUUCAGAGUGGGCAAAAAGAGGAGGGAGAGGUUUCUGGCUAAGAUCUAAAAGGAGGGGCCUAAGGAAGGAAGGAAACUCUAAGCCUCUGCCCAGACUUUUUUCUGAGACUCUUAAGGACAAGAGAGGAGCUAAGCCCAGUGCUCUCCCUGGCUUCCUUUGCUGCCUUGAGAGCUCUCAUCUUCCAGCACUGGCUGCCCUCGGAGCCUGUCUCCUUUCUCCCCUCCCUAGGCGAAGGCCCUCGGGGACUGACAGGGAGGGAGGCUGAGCGGCUGUACUGUGGGCAUGCCUGCUCCUUUCCCUUCCCCCUUCCCUUAGCAGCAACGUCACCGCAGCACCAGCGGCAGCAGCGGCAGCAGCAGCAAGGAUAUUGGGUCUGGGAUUGCGCAGCCUCCUUGCAUUAGCAACGUUGCCAUUGUAUUAGCAGAAAUCAGAUCUUAGGAAAUCGACCCAGUGCCCCCUGUGUGGUCCCAUGGAACAGUGCCUCAGCUGGAACUGUCAAGGUUGAGCUCGGUCGGAGUGCAAAAGGAACAGAAGCCUUCGGGUUCAGCUCAAAGCCCCAUACCGAGGUGCCAAGCUCUCCUGAUGAAAUGUGUUCUGCCCCACUGGGCUCCGGGGGCAGUGUCUGGUGCUGUUGAUGCCCUUGUUCGAACUUUCCAGAAUGGAUAGUCCCCCAAAGCUGACUGGAGAGACCCUCAUCGUUCACCACAUCCCCCUGGUGCACUGCCAAGUCCCCGACAGGCAGUGCUGUGGAGGGGCAAGUGGAGGUAGUGGGAGCACAAGACCCAAUCCUUUCUGCCCACCCGAGCUGGGCAUAACCCAACCUGAUCAAGACCUAGGACAAGCUGACUCCCUGCUAUACAGCGGUCUCCAUUCUGCUCCAGGGGUAUCUGCGCGGUCCGCAGACAGCAACACCAAGAGUAGGGGUCUGGAUGGAAGAGGCCCCGGGGCUCCUAAACGACAUAAUCCCUUCUUGUUGCAGGAGGGUGUGGCCGAGCCAGGACUUGGUGACUUACAGGAUGACAGCACUGGUGAUAGUGCCGCCCAGCAGUCCUUCCAUCUGCAUGGAGCUGGCCAGCCCUCCUUCCAUCUAUCCUCUUUCCCGCUGCCACCACCUGGCCACAGAGUGGGCAGGCCAUGGGGAGCAGCACGGAGUCGGGCUGGAGUGGUGGAGGGGCAGGAACAGGAGCCGGUGACCACCAUGGAUACCCAGCAGUGCAGCACUAACCACUGCUGCCAGCCAGAGCUGGACACAGAGACCAUGGAGCUGGAUGAGUGUGGGGGGCCUGGUGGGAGUGGCAGUGGAGGUGGAGCCAGUGAUACCUCUGGCUUUUCCUUUGACCAGGAAUGGAAGCUCAGUUCAGACGAAUCCCCACGGAACCCAGGAUGCUCAGGCUCCGGGCCCCAGCACUGCCGCUGCAGUAGCACGUCUAGUCAGUCUGAGGCGGCUGACCAGUCCAUGGGCUAUGUGAGUGACUCCUCCUGCAACAGCUCAGAUGGUGUGCUGGUCACCUUCAGCACCCUCUACAACAAGAUGCAUGGCAACUCCCGUGCCAAUCUCAACUCUGCGCCACAGUCUUGCAGCGACUCUUCCUUCUGCAGCCACUCAGACCCUGGCGCCUUCUACCUGGACCUUCAACCCUCCCCGGCUGAGUCUAAGAUGUCUUGCGAGUCCCACCACCCUGAUAGUGGAGGAAGAGACGGGGGCUAUGGUUGUCCUCAUGCCUCAUCUCCUGAGCUCGAUGCCAACUGCAACUCCUACCGCCCACACUGUGAGCCCUGCCCAGCUGUGGCUGACCUCACAGCCUGUUUCCAGAGCCAGGCCCGUCUUGUUGUGGCCACACAGAAUUACUAUAAACUUGUCACCUGUGACCUGUCCUCCCAAUCAUCCCCAAGCCCUGCUGGUUCUUCCAUCACCAGCUGCUCUGAGGAACACACCAAGAUAAGUCCUGUACCUGGCUCUGGCCCAGACCCUGGCCCCAGUCAGCCCUCUGAGUAUUAUCUAUUCCAGAAGCCGGAAGUCCAGCCAGAGAAACAGGAAGUAGUGGGUUCCUCUGUGGAAGCUGCAGCUCCUGUGGGCCCCACUGUGAUUGAGGGGCAAGUGUAUACUAAUACUUCACCCCCCAACCUUAGCACUGGACGUCAGCGCUCCAGAAGCUAUGACCGCAGCCUGGAGCGCAGCCCUCCUGCCCGCCUGGGCUCACUGGAACGCAUGCUGAGUUGCCCGGUGCGCCUGAGUGAGGGCCCCACAGCUCUGGCUGGGCCUAGCUCCCCACCUAGGCGGGUCACCUCCUUUGCUGAGCUCGCCAAGGGACGGAAGAAAGCUGCAGGCUCUGGCUCCCCCCCACUUCGAGUGAGCGUUGGGGAUUCUUCCCAGGAGUUCUCACCCAUUCAAGAAGCCCAGCAAGAUAGGGUGGGCUCACUGGAUGAGGGUGCUCACUGUAGCCAUAGCCUACCACCCAUGCCCUUGGGGCCAGACAUGGACUUAGUUGGCCCAGAGUCCUGGUCCACCCAGGUUUGUCAGGGCCCCCAGUCCAGUGAAAUGUCACCUGCUGUCCUAAGAGCUCCUGGGCAAGGCCCCCUGUUGCAGCUGAUGGAUCCAGGGCCAGCUCUCCCAGGGAGUCCAGCCAACAGCCAUACCCAGAGGGAUGCGAGAGCGAGAGCUGACGGAGGUGGUGCUGAGAGCCGACCAGUCCUUCGCUACAGCAAGGAGCAGAGGCCAACAACGCUGCCCAUCCAGCCCUUCGUGUUCCAGCACCACUUCCCCAAGCAGUUGUCCAAGGCCCGGGCCCUCCACAGCCUUUCCCAGCUCUACAGCCUCUCGGGCUGCAGCCGUGCACAGCAGCCUGCCCCACUGGCUGUCCCCGCUGCUCAAGUCCCUGCUGCAGCUCCUUCAGGGGAGUCACAAGCAUCCACCAACAGAGGUGCCAGGAAAGCUGGGCCUGAGCCAGAAACCUCGCGACCGUCACCCCUGGGCAGCUACUCCCCUAUCCGUAGUGCUGGCCCCUUUGGGCUCAGCACCGACUCUUCUGCCUCCACUUCGUGCUCCCCUCCCCCUGAGCAGGGCACAGCCACAAAAAGCCCACCCCCAUGGAGUCUCUCCUGUCCUGCUGUCCAGCCUGCCACCUCCCAGCAGCCACAGAAGGAGGAUCAGAAGAUACUGACCUUGGCUGAGUACCGACUCCAUGAAACAGGAAGCUUGCCUCCUCUGGGCUCCUGGAGAUCAAGCCUCAGUCGAGCAGAGAGCCUGGCCCGGGGAGGUGGUGAAGGCAACAUGGCCUCCAGGCCUGGUAAUGCCAACCACCUAUCCCCUCAAGCACUCAAGUGGCGGGAAUACAGGAGGAAGAACCCACUAGGGCCACCUGGUUUGUCGGGGAGCCUAGACCGAAGGCCACAGGACGCUCGGCUGGCCCGAAGGAACCCCAUCUUUGAGUUCCCUGGCUCCCUCAGUGCUGCUGGCCACCUGAACUGCCGGCUCAAUGGUCAAAUAGUUAAGCCAUUACCACUGACCUGCCCUGACUUCCAAGAUCCUUUUUCCUUGACUGAGAAACCGCCAGCUGAGUUUUGUCUGUCCCCAGAUGGCAACUCAGAAGCCAUUUCCAUUGACCUGCUUCAGAAAAAAGGCCUGGUGAAAGCUGUUAACACUGCGGUAGACCUCAUUGUGGCCCAUUUUGGCACAAGCCGGGAUCCUGGGGUGAAGGCAAAGCUGGGGAACAGCUCUGUUAGCCCCAAUGUAGGCCAUCUGGUUCUGAAGUACUUGUGCCCUGCGGUGCGGGCCGUGCUGGAGGAUGGGCUCAAGGCCUUUGUGCUAGACGUCAUCAUCGGGCAACGUAAGAACAUGCCGUGGAGUGUGGUUGAGGCUUCUACACAACUAGGCCCAUCCACCAAGGUCCUACACGGCCUCUACAACAAAGUCAGCCAAUUCCCAGAGCUCACCAGUCAUACCAUGCGCUUCAACGCCUUCAUCCUUGGCCUGCUCAACAUCCGGUCCCUGGAGUUCUGGUUCAAUCACCUCUAUAACCAUGAAGAUAUCAUCCAGACCCACUACCAGCCAUGGGGCUUCCUGAGUGCAGCACAUACCGUGUGCCCUGGCCUCUUUGAGGAGCUGCUGCUGCUGCUACAACCCCUGGCCCUGCUGCCCUUCAGCCUCGACUUACUGUUCCAGCACCGGCUGCUGCAAAGUGGGCAGCAGCAGCGGCAGCACAAGGAACUGCUGCGGGUGUCCCAGGACCUACUGCUGUCCGCCCACUCAACACUGCAGUUGGCUCGGGCCCGGGGCCAGGAGGGCCCUGGAGACAUGGACAGGGCAGCCCAAGGGGAACGGGUGAAAGGCGUGGGCGCCCCAGAAGGUGGAGAAGAUGAAGAGGAAGAAGAGGAGACAGAAGAGGUGGCAGAGGCAGCCGGGGGCUCAGGGCGUGGCAGGGCCCGAGGCGGGCAGGCUGGCUGGUGGUACCAGCUCAUGCAGAGCUCCCAGGUCUACAUCGAUGGCUCCGCUGAGGGUUCUCGGUUCCCCCGUGGUGGCAACAAUAGCUGCAGUAGCAGCAGCAGUGAGAAAAAGAAAGGGGCAGGAGGUGGGGGACCACCACCCCGAGAGGGAGUGGUAGAGGGAGCUGAGGCCUGCCCUGCCCCUGAGGAGACCCUUGGCCGGGACAGGGGCUGGCCCUUCUGGAUGGGGAGCCCCCCUGAUUCUGUGUUGGCUGAGCUGAGGCGCAGUCGGGAGAGAGAGGGGUCUACUGUCCCCAUGACCGAAAGUGAGGAAGGAGCCUCAGGGCCUUCACCUGGGGGCAUCAAGUGGGGAUACCUCUUUGGGUCCCGAAAGUCUCAGCGGGAAGCCCGGCCCACAAACAGGCUACCAUCGGACUGGCUGAGUCUGGACAAGUCCAUGUUCCAACUAGUGGCACAGACGGUGGGUGUCCGCCGGGAACCAGAGCCCAGGGAGAGCCCGCAGGAGCCACACUCUCCAGCCCUGCCCUCCAAACCUCCGUGCGAAGUAAAGGCGCUGUGCCACCAUCUGGCCACAGGCCCCGGACAGCUGAGCUUCCACAAGGGAGAUAUCCUUCGAGUGCUGGGGCCAGCCGGAGGGGACUGGCUGCGCUGUAGUCGUGGCCCUGACACUGGCCUGGUGCCUCUGGCCUAUGUGACCUUGACCCCAACUCCAAGUUCAACUCCUGGAAGCAGCCAAAACUGAGGCCCUGUGCAUGCUGGUGGCCUCAGGGACCCUCAUAAACCCCAGACUCAGAGCCUGAGAGCCCUUCCCAAGCCCUCUGGCUUGGCUACAGAGCAGACCGAGAGCUGGGGCCACUUAUCCCUGUGCUCAGUAUUAAUUACUCCCCCUUAACUGUGCCAGUGACCUCGUCCAGACCUCCACCCAGGAAAGGAGGGGAGGGACGCAGCACCAGGCUGCCAGCAUUUCCCCGGCCCAUCCGGGCCUGCCUUUCCGUGGGUGCAGGGCCCCCUAGGCCAAGCGGUGAUGAUGGUGGGUGUUAGUCCAGGGGCAGAUCCCUAAGUUCCCAGAUGUAAAUAGGCUGCGGCCAGUGCCUGGCGGUCAGAGGAGGGAAGAGGAGCCCAGGCUUCUGUUUAUGUAUUUAUUUAUUUAUUUAUUACACCUAUUAAUAAAAAAGGUGCUUGGCCUCCAAACCAUUCUCUUUGUGCCUCCCCCCACCCUCCAGCCCCUCUCUCUCUCUUCCAAAAGGACGGCUGGGAUAGAUGAAAAGGGAAGAGAGAACUUGCAGUCCAGGUGUCUACGCCACAACCUGCUUCUGGAAGUGCCUGGUUGGUGAG